AUGCCUCGAAGUGGGGAGAAGCGACGACGAGAUGGCACGACCAUUACCACGUUCCACGAAACGCCUCCAAUGUCGACCUAUCUGCUCGCUUUUGCUAUCGGAGAAUUUGUCUCUUUGGAGAUGCGAACGCAACGGAAUUUGCCGCUGUCCGUGUGGACACAUCCGGAAGACUCUCACUCAGCGCGAUUCCCUGCUAAUUUCUCCCCGACGAUGUUUGAUAGACUCGAAGAUGAAUUGGAAGUGAGUAGUUUCCCCUAUAUCAAUCACUCUCUAGUGAAACAACUUGACCAGGUGCCGUAUCCGCUACCGAAAAUGGAUUUCAUAGCAGCGCGUAGCUUUCCAGUCGGUGGCAUGGAAAACUGGGGCCUCAUCGUAUUCGACAAACAGUCACUCCUGCUCGACAGUGCUCUUGAAGAUGGUCUGAACAUGACUGUUGACCGCCUCUAUCAUGAGUAUCGCAUUGAGAAGAUCGUCACGCAUGAAAUAACUCAUCAAUGGUUUGGCAACUUGGUGACGAUGCGUGACUGGUCUGAUUUGUGGUUGAACGAGGGCUUUGCAACGUAUAUGACCUACGACAUGCUUCAACGGGACCACCCUAAACUGACAGAAAACGAGUACCUGACCCGACUGUGUCAACUCGUCCGCAAGCAGGUAUUGUCUUCGAUUGCAUUAAGUUCAGCUCUGUGGAGGAAAGAUUUGCCCUGC